AUGGCGAUGGGAAAUGGGUUUAACCAAGAAACUAGAACUGGAGCAUUUUUCAUGGCCACACUGCUCAUUUGGGUUUUCUCAGUUUUGUGGGGAAUACUAAUUAACAAGCUCAAGGAACUGUUCCCAAUCGCUCUGGGAUUCAUUUUCUACCAAUCGGCCAAUUGGGUCAUCCCCAAAUUGCUGCGAAACCGCGAUCCCCUAUUUGUCAACACUUGUGUAUCUCUUCUCCAUUCAUCCACUACAUCUGCUUCAGUGCUCUUCAUUUUGGUCAAUCAGUUGAUGAUUUCAAAUGGGGUAAAUGUAAAUCAGAUGUUUGAACAUUCACAACUUGUUGAACAUACAUGGCCAUGGGCGUUUACAACUUUAUGCUUUUCGUGUGGUUAUUUUGCUUAUGAUCAAUUGGAUAUGCUCCUAAAUCGAUUGACUUAA